CCCACGCAUCGUUCGUUGGAGAGCGUAGAGGACAUCAGGAUGGCGCCUAUCACUCGUAGGGCCAAUGCCAUCCUCGUCGUGGGGAUGCUCCUCGCGGCUGCCAUGGCAGCGGUGGCGACCGACGUGGCGGAGCCUGAGGCGGCGGCCGAGGUGUCGUGUGGGGACGCGGUGAGCGCGCUGAUCCCGUGCGGGUCGUUCCUGGUGGGCGCCGUCGCCGGGGCGCCGAGCGAGAGCUGCUGCCGCGGCGCGCAGGGGCUGCGGAGGAUGGCGGGCACGCCGGGCGCACGGCGCGCGCUCUGCAGGUGCCUGGAGCAGUCCGGCCCGUCCUUCGGCGUGCUCCCGGACCGCGCCCGGCAGCUACCCGCGCUCUGCAAGCUCGGCAUCUCCAUCCCCGUGAGCCCCCACACCGACUGCGACAAGCGGCGAGGGAAGGGCCGAGACGGCCCGCCCACGGAGACCUCAUGGAUCAUGCUAGAGCGCUUCGUGUUCCACAGGGACGACGCCGACGACGGCUCCUUCCCGGGCAAGGCGGUCGCGCCGCUCAGGGCCAACUCUGUCACCUCCCUGGGAGACCCCUUCACCGUCGCCCUACUCCCCGCCGCGCCUCCCGCCUUCUCCCGCCUCUACGUGCACUGGCUGCGCGGUCCACGCAACCACGACGAGAGGGGCAGGGGGACCGAGCUCCUGUCGGCCCACAGGGACCUCCUCCUGCUCAGCCUCACCUCCUCGGUGAGCCUCGCCGACACAGACACCUACAGGGAUCCUUACCGGAGGCGCGCCCAAGCGACUCCCGGCGGCGUGCACCGAACCCAUGGCUCGCGUGCGGACGGCGAGCUCCACUGGAAGGCCUUCGACGGCCUCGCCGCGCCCUUCGCGGAGUUCAUGGCCGCCGCGUGCGCCGACGAGGCCACCAGGCCUCACUGGGUCAUCGCCGACUGCUUCCACCACUGGGUCGCCGCCGCCGCCGUCCAGCACAAGGAGACGGCACCCAUGUACGACGACCAAGGCGCGUCGGGUAUGUCCACCGUCCAGCGUUGGCACUUGACGAAAAACAGGUGCGCGCUCGCGGUCAUCCGGAGCUGCGUCGAGUGGGAGCCCGAGUCCUUCCCGCUGGUGCCAAAGCUCCUCGAAAUGCCGGUCGUGCCACUCGGCCUUCUGCCACCGUCAUCCGACGGAGGCCGCCGUGCGGACGGCACCAACGGAUCAGCAGAGCACGCCACCGUGCGCUGGCUGGACGCGCAGCCGCCCGGCUCGGUGGUGUACGUGGCGCUGGGGAGCGAAGUGCCGCUGCCCCUGGAGCAGGUGCACGAGCUGGCCCUCGGGCUGGAGCUCGCCGGGACGCGCUUCCUCUGGGCUCUCCGGAAGCCCAGCGGCGCCGCCGUCCUGGACGACGGCGCCGACAUGCUUCCUCCAGGUUUCCAAGAGCGCGCUCGCGGGGUGGGGCUGGUGACCACGGGGUGGAUUCCUCAGAUGAGCAUCCUGGCGCACGCCGCCGUGGGCGGGUUCCUGACGCACUGCGGCCGGAACUCGCUGAUCGAAGGGCUCCUGUUCGGCCACCCUCUCGUCAUGCUACCCAUCUUCGGCGACCAAGGUCCGAAUGCACGCCAAAUGGAGGCGAAGAAGGCGGGGUCGCAGGUGGCGAGGGACGAGAGCGAUGGGUCCUUCGACCGCCAUGGCAUCGCGAGCGCGGUCCGGGACGUCAUGGUUGACGGAGAGGCAAGGAUGAGAUUCGUGGCGGGGCCAAGAGCAAACAGUGAUGCUGACCACUUUGGGCCAUCAACUGAGGAAGAGAUGGAGGCCGACUUGAAAAGGAUAGAUGCCAUGGAGGAGGAUCAAGAAGUUUACAUGAAGAGGGAGAAUGCCGGCAGCUGGAGUUCAGGGCUGGAAAAGGAGCAAAUGUUAGAGACCUAUUCUGCACAACUCCAAAAGUCCUGA